AUGGCCGACUCCCUAACCCUCGACGACUAUUAUGCCAUCCUCCAAGUCCCGCAAUCUGCCUCCCUCGAACUUAUCCGCGAGAACUACAAGAGAUUAGCCCUGAAAUACCACCCGGAUAAAAACAACUCGCCGAACGCGACGAAGGAGUUUCAGUUGCUGGCUAGGGCGUGGGACUGCUUGAAAGAUGAGGGAAAGAGGAGAGAGUAUGAUAGG